AGACAUGCGUAUCACACACUCUUGCCUUCCUUGGCCUAUACAAUCUCUUUUCUACCUCUCUCUCUUCAAUCUCUCUACCUGCAAAUCUUCUGUCUAUCAUCCCAUGGUGGUUCCUCUAUUUCAAUCAUGCCCUCUCACACCAACUUCCUCUUCAGGUGGAUUGGACUGUUUUCCGGGAAACUCCGCCGAGAAACGACUGGAAUCUCGGAAAACAGCGUCGUCAUCCAAACCAACGGUGGAGAAUCGAGCAGUAGCAGUAGCAGUAGCGACGAUACGCCGGUGCUGAGCUCCGGCGAGUGUUACGCAUGCACUCAAGUCGGCGUACCGGCCUUCCACUCCACCAGCUGCGAUCAAGCCAACGCGCCGGAGUGGCGCGCCUCCGCCGGCUCUUCCCUAGUCCCGAUCCAGGAACGAUCAUCAUCCGCAUCCGCACAACCCGACCCGUCUCGAGCCCGGAUCAGGCGCCUCAGGGGUCCGUUCGGCGAAGUCCUCGAUCCCAGGAGCAAGCGCGUGCAGAGGUGGAACCGCGCGUUGCUCCUAGCUCGCGGGAUGGCCUUGGCGGUUGAUCCGCUCUUCUUCUACGCGCUCUCCAUCGGGAGAACCACCGGGCCCGCGUGUCUUUACAUGGACGGCGCGUUCGCGGCUGUUGUAACGGUUGUUCGCACGUGCCUCGACGCUCUUCACCUUUGGCACGUGUGGCUUCAGUUCAGGCUGGCUUACGUCUCGAGAGAGUCGCUAGUAGUUGGCUGCGGGAAGCUCGUUUGGGAUCCACGCGCCAUCGCGUCGCACUACGCUCGCUCUCUCACUGGCUUCUGGUUUGAUGUUAUAGUCAUCCUCCCGGUUCCUCAGGCUGUGUUUUGGUUAGUGGUGCCAAAACUGAUAAGAGAAGAGAAGGUUAAGCUGAUCAUGACGAUCCUCUUGCUGAUCUUCUUGUUCCAGUUCCUCCCCAAGAUUUAUCACUGCAUCUGCUUGAUGAGAAGGAUGCAGAAGGUCACUGGUUACAUCUUUGGGACUAUUUGGUGGGGUUUUGCUCUUAAUCUCAUAGCCUAUUUCAUCGCUUCUCAUGUAGCUGGGGGAUGCUGGUAUGUUCUAGCAAUACAGCGUGUUGCUUCUUGUAUUAGACAGCAAUGCAUGAGGACCGCGAACUGUAACCUGAGUCUGUCUUGCCAAGAAGAGGUCUGUUACCAAUUCGUGUCACCCACCAGCACAAUUGGGUUUCCAUGCUUAUCUGGAAACCUCACCAGUGUGGUUAAGAAGCCUAUGUGCUUAGACUCUGACGGACCAUUCCGAUAUGGUAUCUACGGUUGGGCACUUCCUGUCAUCUCCAGCAACUCUCUUGCGGUUAAGAUCCUUUACCCUAUCUUCUGGGGGCUAAUGACUCUCAGCACAUUCGGGAAUGAUCUUGAGCCCACAAGCAACUGGCUUGAGGUUGUUUUCAGUAUAGUUAUGGUCCUUAGCGGGUUAUUACUAUUCACCCUGUUGAUCGGAAACAUUCAGGUGUUUUUGCAUGCGGUAAUGGCAAAGAAGAGGAAAAUGCAGAUACGGUGUAGGGAUAUGGAAUGGUGGAUGAAACGUAGGCAGUUGCCUUCUAGGUUAAGACAGAGAGUUAGGAGAUUUGAGAGGCAGAGAUGGACUGCCUUGGGUGGAGAAGACGAGCUGGAACUUAUACAGGAUUUGCCUCCGGGUCUUCGAAGAGAUAUUAAGCGAUAUCUUUGCGUUGAUCUUAUUGAGAAGGUACCAUUGUUCAGGGGCAUGGACGAUUUGAUCCUAGACAACAUUUGCGAUCGUGCUAAGCCUCGUGUCUACUCAAAAGACGAAAAGAUCAUCCGGGAAGGAGAUCCUGUACAGAGAAUGAUAUUCAUCAUGCGUGGAAGAGUCAAACGUGACCAGAGCCUAAGCAAAGGCGUGGUAGCCACAAGUACGAUUGAACCAGGUGGUUACUUCGGCGACGAGCUACUCUCAUGGUGCCUACGGCGUCCAUUUAUCGACCGUCUUCCUCCUUCCACCGCAACAUUUGUCUGUCUAGAUAACAUCGAGGCGUUCUCCCUCGGAUCAGAAGAUCUUAGGUACAUAACGGAUCAUUUCCGUUAUAAAUUCGCAAACGAGCGUCUUAAGCGGACGGCGAGAUACUACUCCUCGAACUGGAGGACAUGGGCUGCGGUGAAUAUCCAAAUGUCGUGGCGCCGGUACAGGAAGAGAACCUGCGGUGGUGUAGGCGGUUCGAUGAGUCCUGUGUCGGAACAUAGCGUCGAAGGUAACAGUGAACGCCGUUUGCUUCAGUAUGCCGCGAUGUUCAUGUCCAUCCGACCGCAUGAUCAUCUUGAGUGAAAGUUUCUUAAAUAUGUAUGUCGAAAUAAUUGUUUGUAUCCAUUGUUCAUCCUCGAUUGUUUUCGUUCCAUUGGUUGUUUAAACUAAAAUCUCUGUUUCGAUGAUAUGUAUGUCCCCUUAUUUGAGUUUU